AUGGAGUUUCAGACCCUUGGUAUUCCUUGCAAACACGCUAUAGCCGCAGCUGGAGCAGCAGAGAUGCCAACAGAUUCUUUGUUUUCUGCUGCCUACUAUGGAGAGACCUGGACUCUUGGGUUUACUGGGAAGAUCUAUCCAGUUCCAUCUGUCGGGGGUGGUGAGAUUGGGAGUACAUUCCGAGGUGAACUUAUGCCACCUUUGUGCAAGAGGCCUCCAGGCCGUCCGAAGAAGGUCCGGAUUUUAUCUCGUGGUGAAUACAAGAAACCGAAGAAGUCUGGAAAGCGAUGCAGUCGUUGUCACCGUGAAGUUCACAACAAGGCGUCGUGCAAGAACCCUAUAUAA